AUGGAAGACUGGACGGAGAGCUACCCCCCCAACCUUGUGCAUGUGACUGUGUAUCGGGACACCUGGCUUCGCGGUUGGAGCCUGCGUGCUUUUAAGAGUAGCAGUCGCUACCGUGGCAUCCAAGCCCUGGUUGCAAACCCAAAAGCCCAAAAAGCCCUAAUGGCAGCCGCACUUGGCUUACGUGUGACACGCAGAUCAGGCCGUCGCAAGCCCAGCACGGACCGUUGGGUCUCCUCGGCUGCAGACGCCUGCUUGGCAGAGAGCAACUGCCGCAACUGCCGCAACUGCCAGCCAACUCUGUUCACGCAAAGAUGUCUGCGAAUCUUGCAUGACAUUCGGGUCGUGGCUGCAAUGACUCCACAAUGUUCCCACUCUCGCUCGCUUUCGGGUGCUACUAGCUGCUUUGCCAAAGGUUUUCAGGGCGGAAGCGAGCAUUAG